AUGACGGUGCCUGAAGAUCUUGGAAAGCUUCAAAGUGAUUUAUCUUUGGUAGAACAACAGGUAGCUGCCAUCAUUGACUCUUUUAUUGAGCUCGGUGUUUCUGUUUACGACUUCCCUGGUACCCCAGAGGCUGCUCAAGGAAUGAUGACCAACUUAAAGCGAAAUGUUGAGAGAUUGAGACAACUCAACAAGCAGAGCAACGAUCCUACGUCUCAAUUGAACAACUUCAGUAUUCCGUUGGAGGUUUUACAAUAUAUCGAAGAUGGGCGCAACCCAGAUGUGUACACAAGAGACUUUGUAGAGGCAAUUCGAAGAUCGAAUCAGUAUCAGCGUGCAAAGAUGAAUGGGCUACGACAACUGAGAGAUAAACUGGCAAUCAAGAUAAUGGACGAGUUUCCUGAUAUGCAGGAUAAUGUGAAGGACAUCAUUCGCAGAACUAGCCCCGGUGGUAAGUCAGAUCAUUAG